GCAUGCGCAGAAGCUGUUCUGCGCGUUGGGCAGCGCAGUGGCGACAGAAGUCUCUGGAAUAAACUCUCGUUUGUGGUUUUAUUAAAAUCUGGAGUUCUCGGGGUUUUCCUCUGUUUAUUUCUAAUCGAUACUAGGCGAGCUACGAGCACAAGUGGUGCGCAUUAUCACACGGAGAACUGACAUAAAAAAAAUAAAUAAAGCGACUUUAUCAUCAAUAAACAGAAGGAGGUCAGAGACAGGAGAGCCGCACGCGCUGAGCAGCAGAUCUACUCCGAGUUAAACCUCGAGCAGGAGCUCCGUGAUGGAGUACUACCAGACUUUAGGCGUAUGCAAAGACGCCUCUCCGGGUGACAUAAAGAAAGCGUACAGAAAAUUGGCCUUAAAAUGGCAUCCAGAUAAAAAUCCAGACAACAAAGAAGAAGCUGAGAGGAGAUUUAAGGAGAUCUCUGAAGCUUAUGAAGUCCUAUCAGAUGAAAACAAACGUAGUUUGUACGACAGAUACGGCAAAGAUGCUCUGUCUGGAGGUGGAAGAAGAGGAGGACAUUACGACGACCAUUUCGGUGGUGUGUUCACAUUCCGUAACCCUGAAGAUGUUUUCAGGGAAUUCUUUGGCGGCAGGGAUCCUUUCGCAGAUUUAUUCGGAGACGACCCGUUCGACCCGUUUGACGAUUUCUUCGGGUUUAGUGGCGGCCGGCGGCAGAGAGGUGUGAGGAGUCGAACCGGUGGCUCCUUCUUCCCCGCGUUUGGGGGGUUCCCUCCAUUCGGGGGCGGCUUCUCAGGCUUCGACUCAGGUUUCGCAUCGCUCGGGGGCCCGAUGGGUGGAGGAAACUUCACCUCUUUCUCCUCGACAUCCUUCGGAGGUGGUGGUGGUGGAGGAGGAGGAGGCGGCGGGAUGGGAAACUUCCGCUCGGUCUCCACCUCCACCAAAUUCAUCAACGGUAGAAGGAUCACCACCAAACGCAUCGUGGAGAACGGUCAGGAGCGGGUGGAGGUCGAGGAAGACGGCCAGCUGAAGUCUCUCACUGUCAAUGAUGUCAGCACUCCGAGCGCCCUGCCUGGCCCCGCCUCUCACUCCCGUUACCUUAGAAACGCCACAGAUGAGGAUGAUGGGGAAAGAGUAAACGCCAGAGGAUGUUUUGAAAACAGAAGAAAGAAACACUGGCGAGCAGACACGGACAACAAGAAGAAGAUAAAUCCACGUCUGGCACCAAGGAUCGGCUCCUGGUUCUGAACUUUCACUUUUUUUUGGGGGGGAAAAAGAGAGAUAAUAAAAACACAGAAGAGCUGUAGAGUGUGUAUUAUACUAUAUUAUAGUUCUUCUUUUGAAAUCAAAAUGCCUUCACAUGACCGAGUGUUCUUCUGAUACUGUCACCACUGGGGACUUUCUAAGGGCAUUGAUAAAGAGUUUUAGUCACCCAGACACUGUGAUAUUAUCACUGGAAAUGGAGAUUUUAUUUUUUUGAUUAAUUUUUUUAAGUGAAGUGAGAAUCUGUAAACUAGCCACAUUAUUCAGUCUUUAUUCAGUGCAAGAUCACUAGAUAUCAAUAGAUCACUAUUUAUUAAAGGUUGUGUGUAUAGAGAUGGGUGAUAUGACAGAAAUAUCAUAAUCACGAUACAUCACCACUUCUAUGAGACUCGAUAUGUAUGAUGACAUACAGGUUUGCUAAAAAACAAGAGGCAGUGAAACAAUAGUGUUCGAUUUAAUACAGGAAGUAAUAAAUUAAAUGAUUUAACCCUGGAAAAAAAAGAAAUCGCAAUUGACCACUAAAUCAGCUACUUCCAAUCAGAGCUUGUUAUGAAAUAUCACGAUAAAAUAAAUGUUACAAAAAUAUAUAUUGCAAAAAAAAAGUACAUAAUUCUGACAUAAUUGAUCACAAUGUUGAUAUUUUACUGUCAUAUUGCUCAGAACUCCACAAUACAAACCUGAUAAACAACCAUAAAUAAGCAUUCAAGUUAAUUUACAUAGACUUGAUGAAUAUGUAAUUUGGAGCGUUUGUACCCAAAAGUGUAAAACAGUGGGCGGAGUCAAUGCAAAUACGUUCGUUUAUCAGCUUUAGUGUGAUUUACCACGGCGUGAAAAAUAACUUAAAGAUCAAAGAUUGUAAAUCAAUAAUAUAAUUAUUAUUUACAGUGAAAACCGAAGGGCAGAAAUGAAAAAAAAAUGAAUACUGAAGGGCAGGUAAUAAAUUUGCAGAAGUCUGUUUCUGUCAUUUGAAGGCAUAUAAAAUCUUAAAAAUAACCAAUAUUUCUCAGCAGUAGAGCUAGUAUUACAACUAGUACUAUGAUAAAUUUGCUUUUAUGUUUUUUUGUUGUUGUUUUUUUUGUAUAACACUCUGCAGUUUAUCUGACUCAUUAAUUUACAAAAGAGCUGCUUUAUUUGGGAUGUUUCUGAAAUCAGGGUUCUAGUGUUCAUGUACAUGUUCUGAAUGCGUUUUAAUCAUGCAGGAAAAUGCUUUAAGUUCUGAAACAUGCAACAGUACAGACAUCUGAUACAGGAACACAAAGGAUGUACAGUUCGAACGAUAUCUAAUAGUCACACUCUUAGCGAAAAAGGGUUCUUUAAGGCUUUUUUUGGGUAAAAAGAUUGGGUUCUAAGCAUCCAAAAGAGUAGUCGUAAGCAGUUCUGAUAGAGAAACACUCUGUUGUAAGGUUCUACAUAGAACCAAAGGACCUUUAAAAGUACUGAACGCUUCCCGAGUGUAUUUAACAUUAAUGAACAUCUCGUUUUACAUCAUGCAGAAAUCUUAUUGCUAAAACUGUAUAAACACUAAAGGUGUCAAUCGUGUGGAACUUUCUAGAGAACCCAGAUCUCACCUUUUGUAACUGUUUCAAUCGAAAUAUUCAGAUUAUAAACUGCGGGUCCUGUUUACGUCCUCUGUAGACUGCAUAGGGUACCCUGUAUAGGGUACUUUUAUUUGCAGACUUUUUUUUUCUAAUAAGAAAAAAAUUAUUUUGUCUUAGACUAGUAAAGUUCGCUAUUUUAUCUAUAAAGACUUUUGUGUAUACAUUUAGAUGUAUAUUUAAGCUUUCUAUAUACACAACAUGCUAAAUAGUUUUUGUGCAUUAAAAAAAAAAAAAACGCUUUUACAAUUUUCCAUUAAAAAACCUGUACACUAAA